UGCAUCCAAACAGAUUUGACGCUGCUCCGUUUUACUCCUCUUGUCAGUUUUAAUUGGGAAAGAAGCUCCGGAGCCAAUCAGCGAGCGCCUCGCGGUCUCAUCAGAGCGCUGAAGAUCCCCGCGGCAGACACGCGCGCGCCCACUCAGCGCUAUCUCUGCCCUCUUGCCCUGUUUACGUGCCCCCACUCUGAGAGAAGAAAUGCGUGCGUGUGCGCGCGUGGCCGUGAGGAAGGUGGGACAUUGUCGGGACCUUUUUCUCUUUUCCUGAACGUAUUGGACCGGAAAAGUGCCGGCAGCAGCGGGGCUCGGUACUCCGGCGUGUCUCCACUGACACUGAAGCUCUGUUACUGCCCUGGGAGCCGCUGAGGAAAACCUCUCCUUCAUGUUCUUCUUGUCGUUUUGGCUGCUGGAAAACAUGAAGCUGCAGGAAGAGAAGCUCUGAGGAACCGAGCAGAUUGUCUGUCAGGCUACCAAACUCCUCGCCGUCAUGCCGUCCUGGCUCUGCCUCUUGCUCCUCCUCUGCGUUCCUCGCGUCCAGUCCGACGAUGAUUGCUCCUUCGCUUCCGACAGCACGACAGACGACCGUCAGAAUGUCACUCUCGCAGCCAUCUUGCCCAUGACCAACUUGGAUUAUCCGUGGGCGUGGCCUCGCGUGGCGCCGGCCCUUCACCAGGCCAUCUCGCGGGUGAACUGCGACCCCUGGCUGCUCCCCGGCCUGAAGCUGCAGCUGGUUCACGGCAACUCGGAGAACAGCGCUGGCUUCUGCUCCGAUUCAAUGGCCCCGCUGGUCGCCGUCGACCUGAAAUUUGCCCACGAUCCCUGGGCCUUCAUCGGUCCCGGGUGCGACUACUCUUCCUCGCCUGUUGCCCGCUUCACUACCCACUGGGAUGUGCCUAUGGUGACGGCUGGGGCCAGUGCCAUAGGCUUCAAAUUCUACGGAGCAGUCACCAACACAGGCCCCACACAUUUGAAGCUGGGGGAGUUUGGUUUGAAGAUCCAAGAGACAUUUAAAUGGCAUCGGCAUGUCAUGCUUCUCUACAAUGACACCAAGGACAGCAACGACGACAGGCCGUACUACUUCGCUGUGGAGGGAGUCUACGACCUGCUGAAAAAGCAGAACAUCUCCACCUAUGAUAUCUCAGUGGGUGCGGGCAUCACCUACAAGUUGGUUGCCCAAGAGAUCCGAGACAACGGCAGAGUGGUGUAUGUGUGCAUCCACCGGGACAUCUUCAGGAAUCUGAUGGUCCAGCUCUGGAACGACGGGACCGACCUGGAGAACUUUGUCUUCUUCUUCAUUGAUCUAUUUGCUGAAUCCCUGGGUGGUGCGCGACCCAGCAUGCCCUGGUACCGAGGAGAUGAGGACGACUACGAAGCCAAACUGGCAUUCAAGAGUGUGAAGGUGCUGACCUACAUGGAGCCUCAGAACCCAGAGUAUUUCCAGUUUGUUGAAGAUCUAAAAAGAGAUGCAAAGGAAAGUUUCAACUUCACCAUCAAAGACUCUCUGCACAACCUGAUAGCAGCGAGUUUCUACGACGGCGUGAUGCUGUACACUCAGGCUCUGAAUGAGACUCUGAGCCAGCAGAAAACGGGAUCUGGACCCAUCAAGAGACCCAAAGGAGAUUUGGUGACCCGCAGGAUGUGGAACAGGACCUUCUCAGGUGUGUCGGGAGUGGUGGAGAUGGACGAGAUUGGAGACAGAGAGAUAGACUUCGCUGUGUGGGACAUGACAGAUCUAGACUCUGGAGAGUUUCAGAGAGUGGCUGUGUAUAAAGGCGGCAUUAAGCAGCUGGUCCUGCAGGAAGGUCUGGACUUCCAGUGGCCCGGAGGCUCGCCGCCUCGAGAUCUCCCCGAGUGUGGCUUAAAGAACGAUGAUCCAGCCUGUCUCACACGUACAGUUACAAUGCAUCAGAUGGUUGCCAUGGUGAUCUGCUUCGUCUUUGUCAUCAUCAUCACCAUCACAAUCUUCAUCUACAGGAAGUUGAAGCUAGAGAACGAACUGGUCGCCCAGCUGUGGAGGGUUUCCUGGGAAGACGUCCAGAUGAGCAACCUGGAAAAAGCCAUCAGGAGUACUUGCAGCAGGCUCAGCUUGUCUAUGAAAGGAUCAAACUAUGGUUCUCUGAUGACCAUGGAGGGAAACUUUCAGAUCUACACUAAAACUGGAUACUACAAGAGUAAUCUGGUUGCGAUCAAGUAUAUCAACAAGAAGCGCAUUGAGCUGACGAGGAUGGUUCUGUUUGAGCUGAAGCAUAUGCGCGACGUUCAUAAUGAACAUCUUACUCGUUUCAUUGGUGCCUGCCUCGAGCCACCAAACAUGUGCAUCAUCACUGAGUACUGCCCCAGAGGCAGCCUUCAGGACCUGAUGGAGAGCGACGGCAUUACUCUGGACUGGGUGUUCAGAUACUCUCUCGUCACUGAUAUUGUCAAGGGGAUGGCCUUCCUUCACAACAGCGUCAUCGUCUCACACGGCAACCUGAAGUCCUCCAACUGCGUGGUGGACAGUCGGUUUGUGGUGAAGAUCACAGACUACGGGCUGCAGAGUCUGCGGACCAGCCACUGCCUCGAGGACACGCACGCCUACUACGCACGAAAGCUGUGGACUGCUCCUGAGCUGCUGAGGGAGGAGUGUCCGCCCGCCUGCGGGACCCAGAAGGGGGACGUCUACAGCUUUGGUGUGAUCCUGCAAGAGGUUGCUCUGCUAAAGGGAGUUUUCUACCUCGACCCGCACUCCCUCUCUCCCAAAGAGAUCAUCCAGGCAGUGGUUCAGGGUGGCGUCCCUCCCCUCCGUCCCUCCCUCUGCUUCCACAGUCACAGCGAGGAACUCGGGGUCCUCAUGCAGCGCUGCUGGAGCGAAGAACCAAGCGAACGGCCCGACUUUAACACCAUCAAGAUCCUCCUGAGGAAGCAGCACAGAGGUUAUGGUUCCAACAUCCUGGACAACCUGCUGUCUCGUAUGGAGCAGUAUGCCAACAACCUGGAGGAGCUGGUGGAGGAACGAACUCAGGCCUAUAACGAGGAGAAACGCAAGGCCGAGGCUCUGCUGUACCAGAUACUCCCACACUCUGUGGCCGACCAGCUGAAACGAGGCGAGACGGUUCAGGCCGAAGCCUUCGACUCGGUCACCAUCUACUUCAGUGACAUCGUGGGCUUCACCUGUCUGUCUGCAGAGAGCACGCCCAUGCAGGUUGUGACCCUGCUAAAUGAUCUCUAUACGUGCUUUGAUGCCAUCAUCGACAACUUUGAUGUUUACAAGGUGGAGACGAUUGGGGAUGCCUACAUGGUGGUCUCAGGUCUGCCGGUGAGGAACGGUAAACAACACGGUCGGGAGGUCGCCCGGAUGUCUCUGGCUCUGCUGGACGCAGUCGAGAGCUUCAAAAUUCGACACAGACCCGACCAGCAGCUCCGUCUCCGCAUCGGCAUUCACAGCGGCACCGUGUGUGCAGGAGUGGUUGGCCUAAAAAUGCCCAGGUACUGUUUGUUUGGAGACACGGUCAACACAGCGUCACGCAUGGAGUCCACAGGAGAGGCCUUGAAGAUUCACGUGUCCGAGGCGACUCGUCAGGUCCUGCAGGAGUUUGGCAGCUUCCAGCUUCAACUCAGAGGGGAGAUCGAAGUGAAGGGCAAAGGACGCAUGAGGACGUACUGGCUACUGGGAGAAGAUGAGAAGAACUGACACGGAUCUGACGGUUGAGAGUCAAACGUGUCCCGUCUCCCCAGUCGCAUGGCCAUUUCGGCCAUUGAGGGACAAAUUAGCAACUGACUGAUCCAACCUGGUUUCUCCAGAGAUUAACUGUAGAAAAGAACAGAUACAGACAAGACGAAUGUUUCACUGUAAGAUAAAACAUCCAAAAAUAAGUUGUGUAAGUACAAAUUAAAAUGGUUAUUGUUACUUUUGUUCAAA